ACCAGCUGCCUCUUAUUAUUUUUUUCCGCUGACGAACAGACACCAUAGUAUCCGAGAAAGAACUGCUGGUUCCCCUCUGUGUACAUUUAUCAACACUGUCAUGUUUAUCUGAACCGAUACACAGAGUUGUUGAGGAGGAAAGAUGUUUCUACACUCUAAUUUGCACCACUGAUGACUGUAAUAAGGAGCUUUAUUGGCGACCACCGUGUGGAUUAUGACUGUAUGAUGAUAUUUCUCUGGAUGCCAGAAAUGGAUGUGAAAAAAAAGAUCCCAGUUCUUCUCUUCCUGAUUAUCUGCAUAAAGUCUGUGUCAGGACUGGACCUCCCUCAGCCUGAUGACCUGGUGGUGAAUAUUUCCGAUGGGGAGGUAAUAGUACAUUGGAGACAUCCUGUGAACGCCCCCUCAAACUUCAAGUACAAUGUACAAAUGGCAGAGUACAAUGGUCUGUGGGCCACGGUAUUAAGCUGCACAGGGAUCAGUAACCCCUACUGUGAUCUUAGCGGCCUUAUAGAAAAAUAUAACAAAGUCUACAAGGUCAGAGUUCAGCUGGUCAAAGGAAAUGACAUGUCUCCAUGGAUAGCCAAGAAGGUUAGCCCAAAUGAAAGUGAAUUGCAGCCUCCCUCCUUCACUUUGUUGGCUACUUCCAGCACUCUAUCGGUUUAUGUUCACCAAAAACCCAUUCUGAGAAAGCUCUUUCCCUAUGGGGUUGAAUACACCAUCUACCUGGAGGAGAGAGGACAAGAUAAUAAGAAUACCACAGCAUACCUGAAAGAUGAGGAGCAGGUUGAUCAAAUGUCUAAGAUUUUCAGUUCUCUCCACUGGGGGAGAGAGUAUUGUGUCAGCAUGAAAGUAGGGGGUAUUGGAGCUCUCUCCGCCAGCAGUGUGACUCCUAAACAGUGUCUGCAGCUACCGGAGCAAGAAUGGUUCAUAAUUGCUGUAUCAUGCCUAUCUAUUCUGGGUGUGAUGGUUAUCAUUGCCAUCAUUGCAACCAUCCUCCUUUGUUACCUGAGACGACCAGAGAAAACACCUGCUGCAUUGAAAUCCCUUGCAAGUUAUUGGUUUCCACUCUCUGUUGGAGAGGGGACUAUGGAGGUUGUCACAGACAAAGGAUGGUUCCUGUCCAGUCACACAACAGAAGGGAAAAACUGUGUCCCUGUGACCCAUUUUACGGUAACAGAGGACAAUGGAGAGGAGAACAGGAGGACAAGCAUGGAUAGCGGGGUCAGCAUGGUGUCCGACCCCGCUAGAAACAACAGAGGGAGUCCUCUUAUGAGACAAGAAGACAGUGGCUUUGGGAGCUUGGGAGGACCAGAGAGCUCUACCAGCAGUCACACGGAUUACCCCUUGCAGGAUGAGAAGACUGAUACUGACACAGUUCGGAAGAGGGAGGAUAGUGGAGUGGGGCUGGGUUGCCAGCUUGAUUCCUCUCUCACAAGUCUGGAUGGACAGGACAGCAGGCUUCUAAAGGAGUCUGCUCCUCAGGGUAAUUAUCGCACCCAGAGCCCCUCUGCUGUGCAACUUCGUGUCUGUGAUGAUGAUGAGCAGGCGUUUAAACAGAUACUCCCAGAUACAGUUUUGGCCAAAGUGUUCACAGGUUACAGGGCUGGACCUCAGUCCUGUAUCUGUUCAGGAGCAGGUCAGUGCACUUGGUGCCAUAAACAGGGUCAUUAUGGAUCUCAAGCUAUCAAACAAUACAGAGCUGUGUGUGUUGAAAAUGGGCCACUGGGCACCAAUUGUAAUUUUUUGGACUCUUGCAAAGCAGAGCUUUCAUUUUCAGGUUAUUCUAAAAAAUCCCAGAGGAACACUGUCAUCAUGGAUGAUUUUAGAAGAACUUUUACACAACUAGGGGAGAUUUUACCUCACUUAACAACUACAUCACCACUGCCCCUGCUGGAGGGAGGACAUGACUUCAAUAUGAACAAUGUGUCCCUCUCCCUGUGUGACGUGCAGCUGAAAACUGACUGAUACACUGUGGAACAUAACAAUGCUACCUAUAAAAUCAUGCUCACGUAACCUGUCUGAGCAGUAUAUUGGAACAAGGCAUUCCCCUCUCCUCACAUGAGUCAUGAAAUAGCUCCAUUAGUUAGAAUUUGGGGAGUAUUUUGCCGUAUUUAGGGGAUUUCCAGUACUAGAGUAUGCUGCAGUACUGGAAAUCUGAAGGAAAAGGGAGAGACGGAAAUAUAGGUUUAACUCCAAAGCUGCUGGCUGGUAGAUGUUGGUUGGAGUCUCAGGAAUCUAUACAGAUGAAGACUAUUAUGUCAAAGACCUUAUUCAAUCCUGUCUCUGUAGGUAUAUUUUCAACUGACUAAAAUGCAGCAUACCGGAAGUGAAACUAGUGUGGGCAGCAAUGCAAAGUAACGGUUUAACAGUUACGCACUUUUGGACACUUUUCUAUUUUACCCCUGCCAACAAUCAACUCAACCUUAAAGUGUCUAAUCAUUUCCUCAUGUGUCAUUUUUGUGAUAUCAAGUGGUGUCAAACAAAAGAGCAAAUACUUUUUCUUCAUUUUCAAUAAUGAGCAGGAGAUUCUCUUACAGAUUGUUUUUUAACAUUCUCUGACUCAGCCAGUGACUCUCAUGUACACCAUAUACCGCAGGCCUGUCUUUCAGCUACUUCCCUGUAUAAAUUAUUUAUUAGCUGCUGAAAAAAAAUAUAUUUAUUGUGUAUUGCUGUGAAAAUAUGUAAUUCUGCUGUUUUGCAUGUGAUUAAAAGAAAGUCUCCC